AUGAAUCGGACGGCUGUGGACAGUUUUCGGGUUAUAAAUCAGAAAGUGUCGCGUUUAGAAGGAGCUAUGAACAAAAAAUUUGAUAAUAUAGACAAUAAACUUAGCAAAACAGAAACAAAGAUUUUGGUGGUAGAAUCUAAAGUGGGAGACAUAAAAUCUAGUCUGAGUAACAAAAUUCAGUCUGUAAAAAAUGAACUGGUCACAGACAGAGAGAAAAAUGCAAAGUGUUAUGAUAAUGUUAAUAGUCGAAUAGAUACAGUUUGUGUAAAUGUAAAAGCUAUGGCAGUAGAUCUUGAAAGUAGAGUAUAUUCGAAAGUAAACAUUGUGGAUGAUAAAGUGGAAACAGUCGGUAACACAGUAAAACUCCACGAGAUUGAAACUAAGACAGAUGUUAAUGAAUUAAAAAGUACAGUAUCAGAGUUAAACCAGAAGUUUGAAAUAUUUAGCAAUGAUGUAGCUAACAGAAAUUUUUCUAUGAACACAUGUACUUUAUUAUCCAAUAUUCCAGUUAAAAACUUUUCUAAUGAGUGUAGUUUGCAUCCUGUUGACUUUCUGGAGAGUUGUAGAGACAAUUUUUUGCACAAUAUGAGUGAAAAUUUCAAAAUUAAGAUUAUAGACAAAGUUAGGAAACCAAAAAACUAUUUCAAUCACACACAAAGAGGUGGGGAUCAUAGUUGGGGAAACACUAAUUUUAACCGGAGGGAAAACAGUAGGCCCAACAACUAUAGUUUUCAUCAUAGGGAACAAAAUAGUCACAAUAUUAAUAAUAAUUUCCAUUCAAGGAAAAACUAUAAUUUCCAUUCAAGAGGACAGUCUGGGAACAAUUGGAACAGAAGUAAUUACAGGGAGUCUGAAAAAAGGAAUUGGCGUGAACAUAGGGAUGCUGGGAGUCAGAAUGCUAUGGGAAGUCAUGAAGUAAAUAACUAG